AUGAACUCCGAUACGGCCAAGAAUAUCGCCGCCGGGACUAUGGGGGGUGUCGCUCAGGUCAUGAUUGGACAGCUACAUUAUCAAGGUUCGACUUCAAGCCAGUGGCAGGAGUGCCUUUACUGUUGCCGGAAACAUCUGGCGCCGGGAGGGGCCCUUGGCUUUUUACAAGGCACCAUACCCCCGUUACUCGGAGUCGGCGCUUGCGCCAGCAUCCAGUUUGGCGCAUUUUACUUCUUCCGAGAGCUACUGGAAGAACGAAACAGGAAUCUACAAAGUAACGAUGAUGGAACAUUGUCCCUCGGGCAAUUCUACUUGGCAGGAGGUGCUGCAGGUCUUAGCAACAGCGUACUAUCCGGUCCGAUUGAGCAUGUCAGGACUCGCCUCCAGACGCAGCCUCACGGCGACAACCGUCUCUACGCAGGGCCUACCGAUUGUGUUCGAAAGAUAUGGAGUCAUUCAGGUAUUGGCGGCAUCUACCGAGGCCAAGUAGUCACCAUUCUCCGCGAAUUUCACGGCUUCGGAAUCUGGUUCGCAUCGUACGAAGGCCUCGUCCAAAAGGUUAUGGAGCUAGAUCAAAGGCCUCGAAGCAAGAUUCCAAGCUGGAAAUUUGCACUCUGUGGCGGUAUUGCUGGAGAACUCAUCUGGCUAGUGACGUAUCCGUUGGACGUGAUCAAAAGCAAGAUGCAGACCGACGGGUUCGGGGCUGAGAAGAGGUAUAAGAAUAUGCGCGAGGCUUUUCGAGUGACGUGGAAGAAUGGAGGUGUUGCGGGUUUGUUCAAGGGGAUUGGACCGACGUUGCUUCGAGCGAUGCCUGUUUCUGCUGGGACCUUUGCAGUAGUUGAAAUGGUACGCAAGGCCCUUGCGUAG